AUGCGGAAACUCCCAUCCGAAACUCUUCGUCAGUACGCCGAACGAUACUGGCAACUGUUCAACAAAAUUUCUGGAAUCGAUGAGUAUUGGGCCGCAAGAACCUUCAAAAACGGCUUGGAAAUCAAUAGUAAAAUUCUAGAUGAACUUGCUAUUCGACCACCUCAUGGGAUGGGUGAGUUGAUGCGCAUCGUGGAACGUUUCUGCGCUCUUGAAGAAUUUUACGCGGACCGUGCUGCUCAAGGGCUGACGAAUUCAACUACAAGCUUUCCAACGGUCACAUCUCAGCUGCCAGCACCAGUCACAACGCAGCAACCUCAGCCAAAGAAACUUGUCCACAACAUCAAGGAAGGAAAAAAGCGCCAGUCGAAAGCACAUGACUAUCCAACGGGAAAGCUGGGCACAGACACUGGUCAAGCAGAUCAGAACCCACAGAAAAAGUGCUUGUACCACAAUGAGCUCGGUCAUUACACAACCGCAUGCACACCUUACAAAUCCCUAUUGGAGCGUCUGGCAGCACAAGGCCAUCUCGAUCAGUACAUCGACCAAACCAAGACACCCACCCGUCCACCUGCUGGCAAUCCUAAACCAAAUGAACCACGGCCGACGAUACACGUUAUCCACGGCCCCGUAACAAAGGAAUUUGAAUCAAAUAUUCAGGCCGACCUCAGUCACGCAUCAACUUCCAAGCAGGUACUCGCGGUAGGACCUGGAUCCAAACGUCCACGACAAGAAAAGUUACCCAAAUGGACAAUCAACUUUACCGAGCGCAAUCUUGAACGUGUGCAAAAACCACACUCCGACGCCCUCGUUGUAACCGUCCAAAUCGGAGUACAUGACAUCAAGCGCGUCCUGGUCGAUCAGGGAAGCUCGGUGGAGGUCAUGUACUAUGACUUAUUCAAAAAGCUUAAUCUCCCAGAAACAGCUUUGCAACCCGUCGAAGUACCCCUCAUUGGAUUCAACGGAGCACCCGUUUGGCCACUUGGUCGAAUCUUCCUACGAGUCGUCGUUGGCUCGAAAACAUUGAGCGUCGAGUUCAUUGUCGUCAACGUACCAAGCCCAUACAACGCAAUUCUCGGCCGAACCUGGCUACACGACAUGCAAGCAAUCGCCUCAACCUACCACCAGGUCGUUCGCUUCAUCGGGAUCAAUGGAAGACAAGAGGAUCUACGAGGUGACCAAAUAGCCUCCAAAAAGUGCUACGUCUCAGCCGUCCACAAUUCCACCAAAGCCAAGCAAGUGCAAUGGGUCUAA